AUGUACGUUCGAACACCCGUUCUUAAUCUUUCUUUCUUUCUUUCUUUCUUCCUUUCUUUCUUUCUUCCUUUCUUUCUUAAUUUCGUUCUUUCUUUCUGUUUUCCUAUCUAUCUAUCUAUCUAUCUAUCUAUCUAUCUAUCUAUCUAUCUACUCUCUUUAUUCUCUCUGUACUCUCUCAAUAGACUCUAUUUAUCUACUCUCUCUAUACUCUCUAUCUACCCUCUCUCUCUAAUUUCUCUAUCUACUCUGUAUUUAUCUACUUUCGUCAUCUACUCUCUCUCUCUCUCUCUCUCUCUCUCUCUCUCUAUCUAUCUAUCUAUCUAUCUAUCUACAGUCUUUAUCUACUCUCUCUCUGUAUCUACUCUCUCUCUCUGUAUCUACUCUCUGUCUUUAUCUACUCUCUCUAUCUACUAUCUGUAUCUCUCUAUCUUCUCUCUAUAUCUACACUCUCUCUCUCUUUAUCUAUUCUCUCUAUCUACUCUCUCUCUAUCUCAGGUCCAUGCUACCCUCUACCGAAUUACUGUAUUUGGCAAUAGAUUGGCAAAUUUAACUGACAAGCCAACAGACCCAUAA